ACAUGUCAUCCACUCGCACGCAUUCCUGUGGUCAGUUCAGGUUCAAGUCUCCGAGCGCACUCUCGACAUGGCCAUGCGGCACGUUUCCUUAUCUCGAAACAACCACUUGCGUCACCUCCUCCUUGAUCACCAGCCGGUGGUCCCACCAUGGCUACGGGAUGGAACGCUACAAGCCCAUGUAGAAAAGCUCACUGUGAAUGGCUUUGGACCCAUGGAGGAGGCACUGCUGUUCGGUGGCUCGUUCCCCGGCUUUAUAUGCUGCGUCUCAUAAACGAAAGUUCCCCUCCCUCGAAGCUUGUCUUUGGUUCAAAUCGAUUCGCUCUUCCACCAACUACCCAUCUCCGCCUCGAUGACCUUGACGCCCCUGAACUUGAUUGCCUUGACCUCACUCAGAUAGCUAUCUCUAGCUAUGGUCCUACCGGAUUGGUUCUUACCCAUAUAGACGUCAAUCGAGCAUCAUGGGGACCAGAUGCGUGGGCAACUUUGUUCGUAGAAUGUGGAAACUUGGAGGUAGCGAGAUUUACAAAGGUAGAAAUGGAGAUUGGAGCGAUCCAUCCACGACAACAGCCCGGUCAGCUUCGCUAUUUAAGACUGUUGCAACUCGACAGCUGCGACUCCGUAUCCGUUUCGUGCGCUUUAGACAUGGUGAAUGCUCCAAAUUUGGAGUGCCUCAUCAUUCGCGCUGGCGAGAAAAAUGGAUAUUAUGGAGGAGAGACGGCUGUGUGGCGUCAAAUCGUAGACGAUGCGAUUUUAAAGGCGUCGUUGAACAGAACACCGUGGACUGAGGAUUACUUGUUGCGAGAUACGUUGUGGCCGCACACGAGGCCCAGGUUCACUGCCUUUCUGGGCCGCUCGAAUCGCAUCACCGACCUAUUGCUCAUUGGCCACGUCGAUGUCAUGGAUAAUUUCCUGGAAUGCCUCAUUGGGAUGCCUAGAAAUGAAGCAUUGACACAUCUGAAGGUAGCGUUUUUCGGUGUAUCGGUCAAGCCAGUAAACCACUCCAUGUUCUACAUCAAACGAUUUAUAUACCACCGCCACUUCAACCAUGGCCUCCGUCCUGUUAAUUUAUGUCUCUAUGGAUGUGGAGAUCCGGAUCGAAUAUUUUUUGCCGCAAUGUGCAACACGGUACAUCUUGGACGAUGCUUGUGCGAGACGGAACCGGAACUAACUGACGAAGAACCUGGAGAGUACGAGACUUAUGUUAAAGUGUGUGACGAUAGCCAAACCUUUUUCAUUGCGAUUGGGCUGAUUAAGUAUGAUAUCCCUGAAACAGGGUCCCGAUGGAGUUUAUGAUACCCCUCAGCUGCGUGCAUCACUGAGCGCCAUCGAGGCUAUGAUGCAUAGAGGCAGUGCAUCAGUUUCGCAGCCAAUAAACCUAACGGCUCUGACUCAAAAUCAAGAUGGAGGUGGCGGCCAAAUGUUCCCAAUGUUUCCUUGAUGGCUUAGCAGGGACAAGGCUGAUCGUGUGGUGAUUGGAUAAU